CAUACACUCAGAUACAGGCGAUAAUGGGUUGUGGUUACCCAGUUGACAGAUAUUUGCUCUCCAAUGUCGUCCCUAAUGUCCAGUGCAGUGCAAGAUCGUGCACGUACUCUGAUCCUGCUGACAUAGCGACAGUCUUGUGACUGUGCGUGUGGUGAGGAUAGUCCGAUACUGCCACUGGCACUGGUGAGUACCGCGUCAUCCUUGGCACCAGCAGCAACAAGAAAACAACCUGAAAUAUAGCGCAAACAACAUUUCCCCAGUUCGUAUCUAGAAACGAGAACGUUGCCGUCCUUUCUCUUUCUUCCUCGUUGCAUCAGAUUAUUAUUAUAAUCCUACAUAUUGUGCAGAGAAUUUGUGACAAUACUCAAUAGGGAUCAAUGAAGGCUCUGGAAUCCUGGUCUGUGCUGUCAGAUAGGCCUGCUAUUCUCAUGGAUCUCUCCAUCUCUAUCAAGCAGAGAGCAGUGGAUGUCGCUGCCAGUAGAGACCUCUUGACGGCGCAGCAGUUGACCAGCAUACCGAACAGGAGCCUGGACAUUGCUGUUGUGUGGGAAUCAUCCACUGCCACUGCCAGUGCAAGUGGAAUAUUCCACUCAUUUGCCUACGAGACCAUAGUGACAGUGGAGAAUGCUGCCGCAUGUAUUCCAGUGGCAGUCCUGAUGGUUACUGCUAUGCUGUCUCUUUGUAUGUCGGUCGUCAAUAUCGCAACUUUUCUCCUGUACAAAGAGCUACAAACGGGCUCGCGGAAAGUAUUAGUGGCGAGCAGUGCGGUGGACGCCAGCAUAGCAGUUUUUCAACUUGUAUCGCUCAGCAGCACCGCUCCUGGCUCCUCACCAGAAUGUAGCAUCAGACCUGACGCCGGGUUUACAGCAGUGUUGGAAUGUCUCCAGUUGUCCUCAAUGCUGCUGAACAUGGCUUUCGUCGUUCGCACAUACUCCACCGUAGUGAACGGACUCCUACCUCUGCCAUACUUUACUGCAGUGUCAACGAUAUCAAGUUUAUGUGUGCCACCUAUGCAGGCUCUGGCCAAGCUGCCUUGCUACAUGUCCUGUGACACAAUUCUUAUAGCACAUAGCGACCAAAGCAGCUAUCAUUUAUUAUUAGCACUGGAGCCACUCAGAAUGUUGGCCAUCCUUACUGUGAUUGUGGCGUGCGUCACGAUGAGAUCCCACAUCACAAAGCAGGUGACAUCUGGUGAGGGACAGUACGGUACACUGCGGGCAACCAAGGCAGCACAAAGCCUGCAGAGCAAGAUGAGAGCUUUCCCUCUGCUCUUCAUGGCAGUCAACCUGCCACUGGUGCUGAAAGCAUGGUGUGCAUUCGCUGGUUACACGUUGCCACCAUCAUCAUCGCCCUCCGCAAUGCUGUUGGCACUCUCGUACCAUGGACAAAGCCUGGGCAAUUUUCUGCUGUUCACACUGCGCAACAAUGUGGUCCGUCGCUGCUUCGCCGAUCUUCGCCAAUCUCCGUUCACCAACACAGACGCUAACAGAACAAAGCCGAGCGUGUCACCAACCAUAGGAGUAAUACCAAGCCAUUCAAGGUCGGUACACGGUACAGGAGUCCUGCGUGGACUUCACACACCACCUCAGACUGACCAGUAUAACUGUCAAGUGGUGCUCUCCAGAAAACGUGAACCUGAAUGUUCUGUUUACUUCCAUACCAAGCCCCAGGUCAUCUCCGAAGAGAAGUGCUCCGCGCCCUAAGUUGUAUACUUUGAAUUUGUUGAGUUGGCUCCACUAUUUACAGUCUUAUACUUGAGGAAAACAGACCAAUGUUCACUAAGUACUACUUGAGAUGAUAUCAGCAAUUUUACUUUACUACUAUAUACUCUGUUGAUCUCACCAAAAUUAUCAUUUUCGGUAAUCACGUUUAAUAAACUGUGCUACUGCUGUUUUGUAUGCAGGCACAUAACACCAUAACACCAUAACACCAUAACAAUCUGUUUUUCCCAGUGCGGCAAUACCUGUCACAGUGAUAUGAUACAAUGUAAUUGAAAAGUUUUGGAAACAAUUUUCCUUGCCGGCACACGACAAUUCCACUACGUGUUGAGUGUUGUCGAGGGUGAUACUAUGCAGACCGGCAGUUGAGAAAAGUGAAUGAUGGCUGGUUGCACAUGGAAUUUCUAAUGGAUUGCUAUUUUGUAGUUCCUUAUUUUAUAACUCGGAUGGUGAGCCAAUAAUAUUAUAGUUAUGAUGAAGAAAGGAAAAGGACAAAAUGUUACAAGUUAUGACAAACUGUCCACCAACGUAACCAGAUCUUAUACAGUCAGCAUACUCGUAACUCGUAACAUUUUGUCCUUUUCCUUUCUGCAUCUUAUUUUAUAAGGACGCCCUAAUGUUUCCUCACUGAAGUAUAAUUAUCACUCAAUAGAAUGGUUGGUAUUGUUCA